CACUGGCCAGUCCAGCCGGGCGCCCGCUAACCCUCCGCUCUGCUCUUUCACAUCGGGAGGUCGUCUGUCACAGUGCGCGUGUCUUGCGUCGCCGGGUUUUCUUCGGCUGCAACGAAAAUGCAGAAACUUUUACUUUUGGUGUUGCUGGUUUUACCGGCCGUCCUUUUUACAGUGAACGGAGGUAACAAAUUUGUUGCUUUCGCUCAAGAUGAUGAUGAAGAAUUAGUUGAUGUUGAGGAGGCUGAUACUGCUGUCAAGGAUGAGGGGCCCACUGAAGGAGAAGAUGAGACAGGGCUGAAAGCGUCGCCAGAUGCAGACACGACGAUAUUGUUUGUGAAUCCAGUAACUGUCCCUGGUGCUCCACUAGAUCUUCCUGCUGGUAAAAUUGCUGAGUUUGUUAUUGGUUUCCAUAACAAAGGCAAGCAAGACAUGGUUCUGGAGAUGCUUGAUGCAUCUUUCAGGUAUGCCAUGGACUACAACUUUUACAUGCAGAACUUCUCCACCAUUACAUACCAGCAGACCGUCAAGCCCGCACAGGAAGCUUCAAUCAUGUACUCUUUCAUCCCAGCUGAAUCCUUUGCGGGACGUCCUUUUGGAUUCACUGUCAACCUCCACUACAAAGAUGCUAAUGGUUUAGUCUUCCGUGAGGCCGUGUUCAAUGAAACUGUGAAUGUCAUUGAGAUUGAGGAAGGUUUGGAUGGAGAAACUUUCUUCUUGUAUGUCUUCCUGGCUGCAUGUGUAGUCCUUCUCCUUGUUGUCGGACAGCAGUUCUUGUACUCUGUUGGCCGCUCCUCGCGCGGCGGCCGCAGCCGCAAGGCCUUUGAGACUGGCACUGACAACAAAAAUGAUGUUGACUAUGACUGGCUUCCUCAGGAGACUCUCAACAGCAUAAAGAAUUCAUCUCCCAAGACACCUAAAUUGAGCCCCAGAUCACAGAAGCAGAGCCCAAAGCUGAGGAAGACCAAGCGUUCUGCCGGUGAAGAUUGAGAAUCCUGUGAUAUCAGUGUUAAAAAUUCUGCCACAGCUCAUGGACUACAUGAAGACUCAUCUCCUGUGGCUUUGCAGUAAAUCAGAUAUCAUGGUCCCAGACCACAUUAUUUAUGACAGACUGAACUUACUUGACAGAACAGUUGAUUAUACACGAUUCCAUACUGUGCAUAAAGUUAAUCCAAGCUCAUUUUUGAUGCACAAAUCUAAAAUAUUUUUUAAAAAUCAUAUGUUGUGUCAUUUCUUUUGUAUUAACUUAUGUUAUUUUUUAUGUUGACUGAAAAUGCUAUUGAAACUUGGAGGAGAAAAAAAAAAGGGAAAAACAGCCCCACAUAGGGCAAGGUUGUGCAGAAUUUUGUUUUGCAACUUAGCUUAAUGACUGUGACCACAUGCCUAAAUUUAUGAACUUAAUUUAAGUUACAAUAUAAUAAUACCUUUGAUGAAAUGUUCUUGCUGAAUGGUACACUGGCAAUGUAAUUUGUCUUUAAUUUGUUAUUUUGUAAUAAAUUAAGUCAAGAAAUAUUGCAUUAAAACUUUUGGCUGUGUAGAAGUGUACUAUCAGCAGAGUUCUCUUGAUUCUACUCAAGCAGUGUUCAUAAUUUUAUGAAUUUGACAUUUCUUUACAUGUGUGAGUGAGUUUAGUGAAAAUGUGUGCAAUAUGUUUGUCCUUCUUGUAUCAGUAUGUUUUAAAUGAGCCUUGUUAGAUCUCAGUUGUUGAGAGCUAAUCACUAGAGUGGUUAAGCUUAUUUUCUGUUUUAUUAAGUGUUUCUGAUGUAAUAUAUUUAUUAUAAUAUACAUAUGUAUAUUGAGAUUUGAGAUAAAUGAAGAGUGAUAGUGUUCAAAAAGCACUCUACCAGGGAUACUGAUUUCAUUCAACCACAUUUUAGCAUUCAAUUUUGCUUUUUUUUGUGGUGGGCGUUUCAAUCUUGUUCAAAGCCCUCAGUGUUUCAAGGUAGAGACUAAAUCUCUUCAUUUGACACUGAAUGUCCUCUGUGAGGAACUGUGACCAGUUUUCUGUUACUCGGCAGGCUCCUUUCUGUUUCAUAAACUGAACAAUGAAUGUGAUGAUAUAAGUUCAUUCUAUUUUAAGAACAGUCUUAAUGAAAACUGUUCAAUAGCACAUAAGUCUAAGUUGCAAAAUGAGAUUUGUGGGCUUGAAAACUAUGGAUUGUGUAAACUGUUUGUGGAGGAAGACAAAUAAAGUCCUAUGAGACAAACAA